AUUGGCUUUGGGCGUAAUGCGCACCACCGCCUCUGUAGUCGGACCAUAUAUAAUGUACACCUCCAGCUUUUGGAGUUCUGUCUGAGAGAGACUCUCUUCUGUACUCGCUCGCUGUGUUUGGUUUCUGGAUUUGGAAGCCAUGACUGACGGUCAUCUCUUCAACAAUAUCUCCUUCGGAGGCCGAGGAGGCACUAAUCCGGGCCAGCUUAAAAUAUAUUCUGGGGGCAUUUUGUGGAAGAAACAAGGUGGUGGUAAAGCAGUUGAAGUUGAUAAAGCUGACAUUGUAGGGGUAACAUGGAUGAAGGUCCCAAGAACAAAUCAACUUGGUGUUCGGAUCAAAGAUGGGUUGUACUACAAGUUCUCUGGAUUUCGUGACCAGGAUGUCUCUAGUUUAUCCACUUAUUUUCAAAGUACUUGUGGAUUUACUCCAGAGGAGAAGCAGCUUUCUGUAAGUGGCCGUAACUGGGGUGAAGUUGAUUUAAGUGGGAAUAUGCUGACAUUUUUGGUUGGUGCCAAGCAAGCAUUUGAGGUAUCUUUGGCAGAUGUCUCACAAACACAACUUCAGGGGAAAAAUGAUGUUAUCUUGGAGUUUCACGUGGAUGAUACAACAGGAGCAAAUGAGAAAGAUUCGUUGAUGGAGAUAAGUUUUCACAUACCUAACUCCAACACUCAAUUUGUUGGUGAUGAAAACCGACCUCCUGCCCAGGUAUUUCGUGACAAAAUUAUGUCAAUGGCGGAUGUUGGUGCUGGUGGUGAAGAAGCUGUUGUUACAUUUGAGGGUAUUGCUAUCCUCACACCUAGGGGGCGCUACAGUGUGGAACUUCAUCUGUCAUUCUUGCGGUUGCAGGGACAAGCAAAUGACUUCAAAAUUCAGUAUAGCAGUGUUGUUCGCCUGUUUUUACUUCCCAAGUCUAACCAGCCAUUUACUUUCGUUGUUGUUACUCUUGAUCCUCCAAUCCGUAAAGGGCAAACUUUGUAUCCACAUAUUGUUUUGCAGUUUGAAACUGAAACUAUAGUUCAGAGCGACCUAUCAAUGAGUGAGGAUCUCUUGAAUACCAAAUAUAAGGACAAGUUGGAACCAUCUUAUAAGGGACUCAUUCAUGAGGUAUUCACCACAGUAUUGCGUGGUUUAUCUGGCGCUAAAGUUACAAAACCAGGAAAGUUCCGUAGUUGUCAAGAUGGAUAUGCUGUUAAAUCAUCACUAAAAGCUGAAGAUGGAGUUCUCUAUCCCCUUGAGAAGAGCUUCUUUUUUCUACCUAAGCCUCCUACCCUUAUUCUUCACGAGGAGAUUGACUAUGUGGAAUUUGAAAGGCAUGCUGCUGGUGGCUCAAAUAUGCAUUACUUCGAUCUUCUUAUUAGACUUAAAACGGAGCAAGAACAUCUUUUUCGAAACAUUCAGAGGAAUGAGUACCAUAAUCUUUUUGACUUCAUGAGUGGAAAAGGUUUGAAGAUCAUGAAUUUGGGAGAUAUUCGAACCACAGAUGGCGUGGCAUCUGUUCUUCAUGAUGAGGAUGAUGAUGCUGUUGAUCCACAUCUUGUUCGUGUUAAGAAUGAAGCUGGCGAUGAUGAGAGUGAUGAAGAGGAUGAAGAUUUCGUUGCCGAAAAAGAUGAUUCAGGUUCUCCGACUGAUGAUUCUGGGGAAGAUGAUUCUGAUGCUAGUGAUAGUGGAGGAGAGAAAGAGAAGCCCGUAAAAAAGGAUACAAAAAAAGAACCUUCAUCUUCCAAGGCAUCUUCUUCCAAGAAGAAAUCUAAAGACGGGGAUGAAGAUGGGCCGAAGAAGAAAAAACAGAAGAAGAAAAAGGAUCCAAAUGCACCAAAAAGAGCAAUGUCUGGCUUCAUGUUCUUCUCACAGAUGGAAAGGGAGAAUGUGAAGAAAACCAACCCCGGAAUUUCCUUUACCGAAGUGGGAAGAGUUUUAGGAGAUAAAUGGAAAAAGAUGUCAGUGGAGGAGAAGGAACCCUUUGAAGCCAAGGCUCGCCAAGAUAAAAAACGCUACAAGGACGAAAUUAGUGGAUACAAGAACCCACAACCAAUGAAGGUAGACUCGGGGAAUGAAUCAGACACCGAAUAGAAUCCAUUACCCUACCUUUUGAUCAAGUCUUAUAUUCCAAAUGGGUCGGUCCCCCAUUUUGGGUUUAAACAAUUGAUUAAAUGUAUUUAUACACUAUUUUUCGGUUAAUAUCUUAAAAAGAUUACUAAGUUAAUUCCCUUUCCUCCCUUGCUUAUGGUCAUCUUUUCUAAGAAACAUAUCGUUGGAAGUUACUUAAAAGCGUCGCAGGCACUUGGUGUUUUGUUUAGUUUGUUAUUAGCAUUUGGGACCUAAAGAAAUUAGAUGAUAAAUAUAUUUGCAGCGUACUAUCAAA